GCAUAUAUAUACUUGCAGGCCAUCCUCGGUAUUUAAUAUAUAUGUAUAGAAUGGACGAUAUUGAUAUUGUAAAUGCUGAGCUAAGUUUACAAGAAUACUUCGAGGAAGAAGAUAUAGAUUUUCGAGCUGAUAGAGAAGAAGGUGAUCUCGGGUUAGCUAGUGAUCUUAUGUUCAUUCUUGAUAAUACAAAAAUACAUGAACCGGAAGAUACCAAUUUAUUACUUCCAGAUAUAUCACUAGCUCCAGUUAGCUCUAGUAGUUCAAGUGAAACUGAAGAUUCAGAUUCUUCUUCAAGUGAAGUCCAAGUAAUAGAAAUUACAAAAAACCAAGUUCAACCAAUUUUAAUUAGCAGCUCUGAUGAUGGUGAAAAACAACCUAUACCUGUAAUUCCCAAAACUAAAAAUAAAGAUAAACUUAUUGUGCGGAAGUUGUUAUCUAGUUUAACUUUAAAAGUAGAUCGCAUUCUUAAUGGUGAAGAUUUAAGUGAAGAUGAGGACAGCCAUGAGGUAGAUUUCCAACAUGAAAGAGAAAAUCUUGCAGCCAUUAUUCAAGAUGAAUCAAAAAUCUCUAACUAUAUUCCUAAAGUUCACAAUGAAGUGCUUCUAGAGGAGCUACCUAUCAUUGAAGAAGAGGAAGAUAUCAAACUUACUAAAGAAGAUACUCUGAUGGUUGUUGGUUCAAUUUUGUCUGUUGUGGACAAGUUGAUUGUAGUGGAGGCUGACUUAAAUGCUCCAGCUUUAGAUGCAGAAAGUGCAUUUUUUCUGAGUUCAGAACAUUAUUUAGGAAAGGUAUUUGAUACUUUUGGUCCAGUGAAACAUCCUUAUUAUACAAUGCGACUUUUAGCAAAAACUGAUGUAUCAAAAUUAUCAAAAGGAACAAAGGUUUUUUUUGUGCCGUUCAAUAAAGAACUUACUAAAUACGUUUUUGUUGAACAAUUAAAAAAUUUAAAAGGGUCAGAUGCUUCGUGGAAAGGUGAUCAAGAGCCACCAGUUGAAUUUCUAGACUAUUCUGACGAAGAAGAAGAACGGAAAGCUAAGCAAAAAUUAAAGAGUGAAAGAAAAGAAAAGUUUCAAGCUGAUUCAAACAAAAUGCCUGAAAAUAAAAAUGCCAGAGCUAGUAAUGCUGCACGGAAUCGACUAGCUAAUCGAUUUAAUGGAACUAAUCCUUUAAUGGAUCAUGCAAUUGAGCAUCACCCAUUUAAAACCCAACAUACACCACGAAAUAAUAAUCUAAACAAGACCAAAGACUUAUCAAUUUCUGACAACUCUAGUUUUAAAAGUGUUACAAAUCAAUACCCGCAAAAUCAAAAUCAUUUUAAUUCAAAUAGUAAAAGCGCUAAUUCUUUUCAUCGAGAUUCUUUACAAAAUAAAAACCUGUCGUCUGAUUUUCCCAAGAGGUUUCCCUUACAGAAUGGUCACUGUAACCCUCAAAAUGCUAAUUUUAAAAACUUUGUAGAUCUUUCAAUGCCUAUGUCUUCUCACAAUAGGCCAAAUGUGCCUAUCAGACCUCUACCCACAGCAUCGAAUCAAAGAUUUGAGCCGAAUAACAUGCCAAGCGCAAAUUAUGUUCCCCGUAAUGCCUCAAGGUUUUCAGAACCCUACAAAUAUCGGCACAAACAGUCAGACAUACCACUUGAUGCGCAUAAUGAUUUCAACAGGAAUUUAAAUAUGCCUAGUUACCGAAUGUCUAAUCCAAAUGGUCCGAUCGCUAACUCUAUACCUCAAAACAAUUUUUAUGAUCAAGAAAUAAAAAGUAAUCUAGCAACCUAUCCUAACUGCCAGAAUGGUUUCUCUAAUCAACAGAUUAAUGGUAACAAUCGACCUUAUGUUCCGCCACCUGAUUUUCACGGUCCUCAAUCAGGAAGUAGUUAUAACAUUAAUGGACCCCCAAAAAGAUUUGAUAGUCAACAAACGUACGAUUAUAAUAUGAAUAAUCAAUCAGUACCGUCACUGAACAGAUUCGAAAAUCAACAACCUGGAAAUGCAUAUCAAGCGGUAGGAAAUCUGCAUAACAAUUUCUACAAUCAACCAAAUAAUAGUUUUUACAAUCAACCAAAUAAUGCGUUUUUGCAAAGUCAUGGUCAGUUAAUUCCAGCUCAAGGAAAUGCCAGACAAUCUUACUAUGGGUACCAGCCUCAGGCGGGAUAUCAACCAGCAGAAUUUCAGCCAAUAAUUGAACCAUCAGCAUCUCCAAUACAGCAUAAUUUUAAUAAUAAACCAUUUCAUCAAAAUCAGGAAAUACGUUUUAAUUUUGCUCCAAAUCAUUCGAAUACUCAGGAUUAUCCGAACACGCGUUUUCCGACUCCAAAUCAUUCAGUAAACUCUUCACAUAAUCCAAAUUUCAGUUCAUCUGAUUUUUCUCAAAAUGGAAGUUACUCAAAGAAUCAAAACAUGCGAAAUCACCCUUGUGAAAACUAUAUCAAUUCACCAAAUAAUCAGUCAAGUCACGCGUGGUCCCCGACUCAUCCGCAACCUUCGUACAAUCGACCGAAUUUUCGAUCGUCUAAUAGACAAUAAAUAUUUUAAAUAAGAUAUUUCGUUUGUUGCAAAUAUAUUUUUGUCUUUGGAGCGGACAUAUAAGUAACCUGAAGAAUUGAUUAUAUACUUUUUGCUCUGUAAUAAAAAAUUUGAGCUUAAAUUAA